AUGGGUUGCUCUCAGGAGCUCAGUGAAUUCAAGCGUGGUACCAUGCUAGGUUGCCAUGUGCAAUAAGUCUAUCCGUGAAAUUUCCUUGCUACUAAAGAUUCCAUGGUCAACUGUUAGAGCUAUUAUAACAAAGUGGAAGCCCUGGGAACAACAGCAACUCAGCUACGAAGUGGUAGGCCAUGUAAAAUGACAGCAUGGUCAGAGCAUGCUGAAGCACACAGUGCACAGAAGUCGCCAACUUCAUUAAGGCGUCAUCAUACCAAGACAUUUUGGACACUUUCAUGCUCCCAACUUUGUGGACACAGUUUGGGGAUGGCCCCU